AUGCCUGUUGCUACGAAUCAAACCAAACCAAAAGAAUCUGUUACUUCACAUGAAGAUGUGAUUGCCAAGAUCAAACAAACAAAUGCUGCUGCUGCUGCCUCCAAGACUGAUACCUCUCUUAAUGAAUUUGAAAAAUUACAAAACUCAUUAUUAGAAGAAAGUAAACGUAUUGAAAAAUGGUGGCAGGAACCAAGAUGGAAGGGGAUCCAACGUCCAUAUUCUGCCAUGGAUAUUGCCAAAAAACGUGGUAAUUUUCCUGAAACGAUUAAAUACCCAUCAUCUGUCAUGUCAGAAAAAUUAUUCAAGACUCUUGAAAAACAUUUCGAAGACAAGACUGUUUCAAUGACAUUUGGUGCUAUGGAUCCAGUACAAAUCACUCAAAUGGCCAAAUAUUUGGAUACUAUCUAUGUUUCUGGUUGGCAAUGUUCCUCUACAGCUUCUACUUCUAAUGAACCUGGUCCUGAUUUGGCUGAUUACCCCAUGGAUACUGUCCCCAAUAAAGUGGAACAUUUAUUUAAAGCCCAACAAUUCCAUAAUCGUAGACAAUAUGAAGAAAGAAGUAAUGCUACUAGUUUAGAAGAAUUGGAAAAGAUGGGUCCUGAGAUCGAUUAUUUGACCCCUAUUGUAGCUGAUGCAGAUGCUGGUCAUGGUGGAUUAACUGCAGUCUUUAAAUUAACCAAAAUGUUUAUUGAAAGAGGUGCUGCUGGUAUUCAUAUGGAAGAUCAAACUAGUACUAAUAAGAAGUGUGGUCACAUGUCUGGUAGAUGUGUUAUCCCAGUACAAGAACAUAUCAAUCGUUUGGUUACCAUUAGAAUGUGUUCUGAUAUCAUGAAUAGUUCAUUGAUCAUUGUGGCAAGAACUGAUUCGGAAGAAGCUACAUUGUUAAGUUCUACUAUUGACAAGAGAGAUCAUUAUUUCAUCAUUGGUGCUACCAAUGAAAAAAUCUUGGAAGAUGAAGGUACUUUUGUUGAAUUUAUGGAUGAAUGUAUUGCUAACAAGGAUGAUUUACAAGCCAAAGAAACUUAUUGGAAUGAUAAAGCCGGUUUGAAAUUAUUCAAUGAAGCCUUUGCUGAUGCUGUUGAGAAAGAUGAUAAUAUCAAAGAUAAACAAAACAUCAUUGAUGAAUUCAAUGCCAAAGUAGGGCCAUAUGAUGGUAAAUCAAUUUAUGAGAUGCAAGCUAUUUGUAAACAAUUGAUUGGUCACACGAUUUUCUUUGAUUGGGAUAUCUGCAGGGUCCGUGAAGGGUUAUACCGUUACAAAGGUGGUACCAAAUGUUCUAUAAUGAGAGCUCGUGAAUUCUCCAAAUACGCUGAUUUAGUAUGGAUGGAAAGUAACUUGCCUGAUUAUGAACAAGCUCGUGAAUUUGCCGAAGGGAUCCACGAUUUGAACCCUAACAAAUGGAUGGCAUAUAACUUAUCCCCAAGUUUCAAUUGGAAUAAAGCCAUGAGCAUCGACGAUCAAGAAACUUUCAUCAAAAGACUCGGUUUAUUGGGGUACAACUGGCAAUUUAUUACAUUGGCAGGCUUACAUACCACUGCUUUGGCCAUUGACCAAUUUUCCAAGAAUUUCAUCAAGCAUGGUAUGAAGAGUUAUGCACAAGACAUCCAACAACAGGAGAUUGCCCAGGGCGUUGACAUUGUCAAACAUCAAAAAUGGUCUGGGGCAGAGUAUAUCGACGGUAUCUUGAGGCUUGCUCAAGGUGGUGUCAGCGCCACAGCAGCCAUGGGCCAAGGUGUCACCGAGACUCAAUUCCAAGCCGAGAGGUAG